AAAUCGUCUUUUAGAGCAUAUUUUAAUAUUUCAUUUUCGAGGUUUCCAUCCACAAGCACGCUAUUUUGAUAUUCAACGAAAAGAACCCGGAGAAAAUCGUUAUAUUGGUUUUCAUCAAACUGAUCCGAGUUCAGCUAUACAAAUUGCCCACUCGGACUUUAGAAUUAGCACAAAUUAUGAAAGUACAAUGAUAGGGCAUGGUGUCUAUUUUGCUCGAUCAAUGGAAGGAACCGAAAGAAAAGCUAAUCGUCAUGGUGCUUAUAUAUGUGCUGAAAUUGACAUGGGUGAAGUACUGAAAUUGGACCCAGAACAGAGAAAUUUGUAUCGCGGUAAAAAUGAUUGGUGGGAUACGCAUGAUACAGCCUACUUCUGUCAUACCGAUCAACGUUUAGAUGAAUUUUGUGUUAAAAGUCGAAGUCAAAUAUUGAACUGGAUCAUAGUGAUUGAAAAAGAAUUUGAUACAAAAGUUGAAACCUAUGGUCUCGAUAAAGAAUUUAAUGAUACAAGUUGUUGGUGCAUCUAG